AUUUGGCUUUUAAUGAUGGAGGAAGAAGUCAAUUAUUCCACAAUGGUUUUCAAAACUGGUGCUUCACUAACAAAAGAAAAAAUCGAGGACUCAACCAUUUAUUCUGAAGUUAAAUCUAAAGCGCCUGCUGGUCCUCCUCCUGCACCUGAAAAAAACGAGGACCCAACCAUUUAUUCUGAAAUAAAAACUAAAGCACCUCCUGCUGCUACUUCUGCUGCACCAGAAGCAGAAGGCAAAGCAGCUGCAUGCUCCCAUUUCCCUCUACUGCUGGCAUGUUCGGAGAUACUUUGUGUCCUCCUGCUGGCGGGCAUCAUCGCCAUCAUCUACAUGAGUUUGCUAUUUAAGGUACAGUCAGCAAACCUCAGUAACCUCACAGCAGAAUAUCAGCGGUUGGCCGUGGAGAAGGAAAUCUCAGACAAUAAAACUCAGGAGCUGAGAAGAGAGAGAGACAAUCUCAACCAGACGCUGGAAGUCAUCCUGAAAUUUGAUAACUUUCCAGUAAAUGAUUACUGUCCUAAUAAACAGUGCCAGCCAUGCCGCAGUGGCUGGAUCCCAUUUAAGAACAAGUGCUACCUGUUUUACAAUGAGAACGCCCCCUGGAAAACUUGGGGAGCAAGCCGAGAGUAUUGUAAAGGCAAAGCUGCAGAUCUGGUUGUUGUUGACGAUCUCAAAGAGCAGGAAUUUCUCAGUAGUCACAUAACAUAUUACCAUGAUGACUACCACGGAUACUUUAUUGGGUUACAGAAGACAGCAAAUAACUGGGUCUGGAUUGAUGGACACAAUGACACUUUGAGUUACUGGAUGAAGGACAUGUCAGACAGUUCAGUCUCAUAUGUGCUGAUCAUCCCUGGGAAGAAUGCCACAAAAAGCUGGGUCAAAGCAGACAAUGUCUUUGAGAACAAAUUCAUCUGUGAGACAGACGCCCUGCUUUUGUCCACUUAGCUACAGCUGCUGUUCUCCGUGUCCUCUCCCAUGUUGCCGUCCAUGCUCCAGAUACUGUCUGCAUUAUUUGUUUCUCAUCUUUAUAAUGGAGGAUGGAGAACUUGUAGUUUUUCAGCUGCUGCAACUAUUUAUGAAAACAGACUUUGAGCAGACCAGUGUGUGUGUCGCCAAAAGGCAGAAAUAAUGCAACACUGUACUUUUACACCAAA